CUCAUGAAUGUUGCGACGUUCGCUUCAUGUGAAUCCAGUGUGGAUGGGACCAAUGCCCAAGCCCGGGCGACGUCAGCGAAAGUUCGUGCACUCUCAGCCAAGCUGGGCCAAGCUGCUCAGCCGCUCUCGAUUGCGCUCAAGCUAAUCCCUGAAGACAAGGUCGAGAAGUAUCUGAAGGAGCUGCCGCAUGAAGAAUUCUCCGUGAGACAUCAACGCAAGCUCCGCGAUUUCACCCUCAGCCUUGAAGAAGAAAAUCUGAUUACUGCGCUUGGAGUUGAUGGGCACAGCAGCUGGUCGCAGAUGUACAAUACCAUCUCGUCGACUCUCACAUGCCAGGUCGGGGACAAGAGCAUGGGGGUCGCUCAAGCCGCCGCCCUCCUUUCAUCUCCAGACCGCUCCGAACGUCUCCAAGCCUGGAAUGCCAUCCAGGCCGCCUGGACGGUCCAUGAGGAAGCAGCGGCGUCUACCCUCAACAGCAUCAUCGGCUGGAGACUCGAGUUGAACAGGAAGAGGGCUGAGAAGGCCGCACAGCCAGUCCAUUUCCUUGACACCGCCUUGCACCAGAACCGUAUGUCGCGCAAGACCUUGGAUGCGAUGAUGCAGGCAGUCUCGGAAGCCCAGCCUCUCGCGCAGAAGGCGUUGAAGCUUCAAGCCAAGGUGUUGGGAAUCGAGUCCUUGCAUCCGGCCGACCUCUUUGCACCUCCGCCACAAGGCGCCCAGUCGUCGUCACUUGCUUUGCAAUACGAGGAAGGCAUCGAUCUCAUCGCAGAUUGUGUUUCUUCGGUCCAUCCAUCCGUCGGUGAAUUCGUCAAGAUGAUGUCGCAGAAAGAAUGGAUUGAAGGGAAAUCGGGAGACAAGAAGGCGCCUGGAGCGUACUGUACAUCCUUCGCCAAGUCGAGAAAUCCUCGCGUCUACCUGUCGUCCUACACAGGGUCCUACCAGCACGUUUCCACCCUUGCACACGAGUUGGGACAUGCGUUCCACUCUUGGGUCAUGAAGGACAUGGAGCGAUCUGAGACCCGCUAUCCCAUGAAUCUUGCGGAGACAGCUUCCAUCUUCUUCGAGACGGUUGUUGGGGAUCGGCUCGUGGCCAUGGCGAAGACUCCUGAGGAGAAGCUUCGCUACAGUUGGUACGACGCUGAGAGUGCUGGGGCGUUUCUCCUCAACAUCCCAACAAGGUUCGACUUCGAGUCUGAGAUUCAUGCUGCCCGAGAGCAGGGUCAGAACCUCACCCCAGACUUCCUCCGGAACACGAUGACCAAGGCCUGGAAGGGUCGCUAUGGCGAUGCCCUCAGCGAGUAUGACAGCAUGUUCUGGGCUUCCAAGCUUCACUUCCACAUGACGGGAGUGCAAUUCUACAACUUCCCCUACACCUUCGGGUACUUGUUCGCCUUGGGAGUCUAUGCACAGCAGGAGAAGCUCGGGGAUGGCUUCUAUCAGGCCUACGUCGAUCUCCUGCGUGACACAGGAAGAAUGUCGGCAGAAGAGGUGGUGCAGAAGCACCUCAAGUGCAACAUCGAGGAGCCGGAGUUCUGGCGAGGAUCCAUCAGGAUCAUCGAGAAGAAGAUCGAGGUUUUGGAGAGCCUCGUCAACCAGGUUGCCUGAGGCCCGACCGUACCGUACUCGCAGACAUUAAAAAUGCUGAACUGUG